AUGCCGAAGAAGAUGGCGGAGAAGGAGGAGCAAGGCGGCGCAGGAGUAGUGGUGGUGGAUCCGACGCCGAGUAAGGGGUUCACUUCGAAGGCGGUGGAUUGGCUGGAGAAGCUGAUAGUGAAGUUGAUGCACGAUUCUUCACAGCCUCUCCACUACUUGUCUGGAAACUUCGCUCCGGUUCGCGACGAGACUCCGCCGUGCAAGAACCUUCCGGUCAUUGGGUAUCUUCCGGAGUGCCUGAAUGGAGAGUUUGUCAGGGUUGGCCCCAACCCUAAGUUUUCCCCUGUGGCUGGAUAUCAUUGGUUUGAUGGAGAUGGCAUGAUUCAUGGUUUGCACAUCAAAGAUGGAAAAGCUACAUAUGUCUCACGUUAUGUUAGGACAUCACGUCUUAAACAAGAAGAGUAUUUUGGAGGAGCAAAAUUCAUGAGGAUUGGUGAUCUUAAGGGCCUGUUUGGAUUGCUUAUGGUUAACAUGCAAAUGCUGAGAGCAAAAUUGAAAAUAUUGGAUGUUUCAUAUGGAACUGGGACAGGUAAUACAGCUCUAGUGUAUCACCAUGGUAAGCUUUUGGCACUUUCGGAGGCUGAUAAACCUUAUGUCCUAAAAGUUUUGGAAGAUGGAGAUCUGCAAACCCUGGGCAUGCUGGAUUAUGAUAAGAGAUUGACCCAUUCCUUCACUGCUCAUCCAAAGGUUGACCCCUUCACUGGUGAAAUGUUUAGCUUUGGCUAUUCACAUACACCUCCUUAUAUUACAUACAGAGUUAUCUCGAAGGAUGGUUUCAUGCAUGAGCCAGUGCCGAUAACAAUUUCAGAUCCUAUCAUGAUGCAUGAUUUUGCCAUUACCGAGAAUUAUGCAAUUUUCAUGGAUCUUCCUUUGUAUUUCAGACCAAAGGAAAUGGUGAAAGAAAAAAAGCUAAUAUUCACAUUUGAUGCAACAAAAAAGGCUCGUUUUGGUGUACUUCCUCGAUAUGCAAAGAAUGAGCUCCACAUUAAAUGGUUUGAGCUUCCAAAUUGCUUCAUAUUCCACAAUGCCAAUGCUUGGGAGGAGGAGGACGAAGUUGUUUUAAUCACCUGCCGCCUUGAAAAUCCAGAUUUAGACCUGGUUGGUGGGGAUGUUAAAGAAAAGCUUGAAAAUUUUGGAAAUGAGCUGUAUGAGAUGAGAUUCAACAUGAAAACGGGUAUUGCGUCACAGAGAAAACUAUCAGCAUCUUCUGUGGAUUUUCCAAGGGUGAAUGAGAGCUACACUGGCAGGAAACAACGAUAUGUAUAUGGAACCAUACUGGACAGCAUAGCCAAGGUGACGGGCAUUAUCAAGUUUGAUCUGCAUGCUGAACCCGACACCGGAAAAUCAAAGCUUGAAGUUGGAGGGAACGUUCAAGGCAUUUUUGACUUGGGGGUCGGUAGAUUUGGUUCAGAAGCUGUCUUUGUCCCUCGUGAGCCUGGUAUCACCUCUGAAGAAGAUGAUGGCUACUUGAUAUUCUUCAUCCAUGACGAGAAAACUGGAAAAUCAUAUGUGAAUGUAAUCGAUGCAAAAACGAUGUCGCCCGAUCCAAUUGCCAUUGUUGAACUACCCAAUAGAGUUCCAUACGGUUUUCAUGCCUUCUUUGUCACAGAGGAGCAACUCAAAGAACAAGCAAAACUUUGA